UAAAUAAGCAUUGGAAUCACUUUUUUUCCCAGAAUACGCAUGUUUCCAAAAUUUUUUUGAAAUACGCAUGCCCAUAUCAGAUACUUCGCCCACGAGAUGGAGAUGCACAGCAUUUCAGAAGCGACGCCAGCGAAAUGGAGGAGAGAGGAACCAGGGUCUCCAAUUCGUGCCUGCCACCAAGGACUUGAGGCACCUCCAGAGCCGGCACACGAAAUGGAGCUUCUCAAGCUCACCGGCCACGAAAUGGCCCAUUUAGUUGGCGGCGACCACGAGUUGGCGACUUCGUUUCUGGCGGGCACGAAUUGGGCGGUCAAAGCGGCUGCAGCAGGAAGCUCACAUGCAUUGGCGUGUUCGGGUGGCAGGGUUGUAUUGGAAAUGGAGUCAGGAGUGUUAUAAAAGGGGGGUGGAGAGAGCCUUCAUGCACGGUGAAAUUGAAAUAGGGGUAGAAAAAAAAAGUUGAGAGUGGUAAAUGAAAGCUGAGAGUGGGUGAGUUUGUGGUGGUGAGUUUUAAAAAAAAAUUAAAACUAAAUAUGAGUGGGGGAGGGGUGAACGUGGAGGAAAACUUGAACCGGUUGGACGAACUUCACAUAACGGCACAUUUAUUCCAUAAGCCGACACGUGUUCUUACUCCGCAUGGCACGCUGGUUGAUGUUUUCAUGUUAGAGGCUGAGGAUCCAACCAUGGCAAUUAGGCGGGAGAGGCUUGAGCCUUAUCUGAGACGCACCGGAUUUUAUCAUGCCUCGCUGAUCAAGCGCUUCGAGUACGACAAUCCACUUAUUAGUGCCUUUGUCGAACGAUGGCGACCGGAAACUCGUACUUUUCAUCUCCCUUGGGGAGAGUGUACCAUAACCCUGGAAGAUGUAGCCAUGUAGUUAGGUCUACCUGUUGAUGGUCAGCCUGUUAGCGGUACGUUAAGGUCAUGGAGUAAGUUUCACCAAAGAGAUAUUUGGGAAUGGUGUCAUGAACUUUUAGGUGAGGUUCCCGCCGGACACGUAGGGACAACGAAGUACAACAUCAAGCUGAAGUGGCUCAGAACUUGUCUUCAACAGAUGCCCCUUGACCUAGAUGAUAAUGGCCUCAUGCAGUAUGCACGAUGUUACAUACUUUACCUGUUGGGAGGCGUCCUUCUUCCAGACAAAGCCAACAACACAGUCCAUGUUCGAUAUCUGCCUUUACUGGCUGAGUAUGAUGCCAUAGGCACCUACAGUUGGGGCAGUGCCGUCCUCUGUUGGUUAUAUCGUGCUAUGUGCCUAGCAACAGAUUACA